AUGAGCGGAAAAUCCCCGGAUUCCGGAAUCUACAACUCCAUGUCUAUCGCCCAUGUUCGACUGUCUUUGAAUCUCGGCAUGUUGAAACGAGAUGCUUUACUCGAUGGAAUGUCCAUGCAGGUUAUGCGACAGCUUUUUACUGUUAAUUCUUUUGUUGUUGUUGUUGUUGUUGUUGUUGUUGUUGUUGUGGCUUGUUGUUUGUGA